UUAGAUUUUUAGAAUGAACUAAACAAAGACCAAACGAGGUGGACGAUGCUUCGAGGUGGUCGAGUUCAGACCGGCCCAAAUUAACUAUGCGUGGAGUUGAGCGACCGUUGACAGAAACGCAAAAAAGAAGUUGUGGACUUGUGGUGCCCUUUCUGAUGGGAGUUGCUCCGCCGCCCCCACCACCGCAGCCAGCCGCCGGCCGUUGAGAAGCAGCACGGAACGGAACGGACACACACCGUGCGCGUGCGGCGGGUCAUCAUGAUGAUCUGAUCGUCCAGCAGAACCAGAAAAACCAGCGCCGCCCGCGGCCCCCGCGCGCAUGCUCCCGCACUAAAUGCAUGCACGGCAACGGCGGCGCCACCAUCACUCUCCAUGAACAUCCGGACCCUGUGAGACCGUGCCUCUGCGCUAGCGCUACCAACAACACCUUACCGGAGACGACCAACAGCUGUAAUGGCGGCCGGGUCGUCCUCCUGCUCUCCGGUCCUCCUCCUCGCCCUACUCCUCGCCGUCUCGGCCGGCGCAGGCGCAGGCGCAGGCGAGGCUUCGGCGCCGGCGCUGGACCAGGUGUGCGGGAGGCUGGGCAGCUACUACGUGACGCCAUCCCUCUGCAUCUCCGCGCUCUGCGCCGACGCGUCGACGUCGACGUCGACGUGCCGCGCCGCGCGGGACGCGCCCGCCGUGGCGGCGCUCGCGGCCAGGCUGGCGGCCGACAACGCCACGGCGGCCAGGGACAGCAUCCAGGCCGCCGUCUUCUCCCCGUCGUCCUCGUCCUCGUCCUCCGCCACCGCGGCAGCGGCGGCCGCGCGGUCGUGCCUGCAGCUGUACGCGGGCGCGGUGCCGGCGCUGCGGUGGGCGGCGCGUGCCGUGGCCGCCGGGCGGUACCGCGGCGCGCGGGAGGUGCUGCAGGCGACGCAGUACGUCGCCGCGGGAUGCGAGGGCAUCGCGGGCGACGCCGCCGCCGCGCUGCCUCGCGAGAACGACGGGUUCGCCGACAUGGCCUUCGUCGCGCACGCCGUCGUCGCCUCCAUGUCCGCCGACUGAUGACUCAUCCACCCCACCACCGCUGCUCGGCUUAGCUACCACGUACUGUAGAACGAAGCUUGUUGUAAUACUCAAUCCGCCGCUCGUUUCGUCCUGCCAUGUCUUUCGAUUAACUGCACAACUCAUGGUGUUUUUGUGUGUUCUCCGGUGUAAAUAAAUUCAGUUUGCGCU